UGUGCUGAUAGGCUUAUCCAAGAAAACCCAAUGCCAGUAGAAGAAAAAUGGCUCCUCUCUUUACCAGCACUCCCACCAUUCCGCUCUCCUCUGUCUCACCUUCACCAAUUCGUUCAGCAAUUAUUGCCCACCCUUUCUCCAGAUCAUGUAGCAAUUCCGUUUGUUUUAAGCCAAAAUCAUAUGUCGGGUACAGAACUGUAACUCCAUUUAUUCUCAAAGAGAGAGGGGCAUUGAUUACAAAGGCAUCUUCUGACGUUGAUGGAGUAGGCUCCACUGAUCCGGAGUCUCCUGCCUCUCCCUCGGAAAGUAACGAGGAAAAUGUUCCCAUCGAGAACCUUCCUCUUCAAUCCAAGUUACAACUGAAGCUAGAGCAGAAGAUGAGGAUGAAGGCGGCAAAGAAGAUUAGGCUGAGGAGAAAGAGGCUUGUUAGGAAGCGCCACCUGAGGAAGAAAGGACGAUGGCCUCCUUCAAAGUUGAAGAAGAACAAGAAUGUGUAAACCUUCCAUCAAGAUCUCGUGCAGGUUUAUAGUUACUCGUUUCCUUACCAUGUCAUUGCAAUUCAUCUUUCGCGACUUCAAAUGUUUAACGUAGUAACGUUUAAAAUAUCAGUAGAUAUCAUUUUUCAUUUCAGUCAGUUCAAGUUGAUUGGACGCAUGUUUCUGGUAUAGAUAUCCGUAGAAGAACAAGAAGAAUGUUCAUUUUUUGGGGCGCGGGGGCUUGAAAUCAAUUUGAUUAUAUGUA